UCCAGCAACUAAUGAGAUUACAGGGGAGAAAAAGAACAGGGGUCGAUAUAAGGACAGUCUAAGGCUGAACGCCGAGAAGAUUUAAAUCAUCAGUAUGUAAGUACUUUGAAGCUCGCAAGUUGUAGAAAGUGCCGCGUUGUUGCUUUCACGAUGCACGUAAAUAGAGCCUUCAUGAUCGCCAUGGAGUGCGACUGCGAGCCAAAAGCACCAGAGGGCCUCAAUCUCAAUUUGCCCUGCGGGUGUUCUUCUGCGGAAUAAUUGUCGAGCUCGAGUGGCAGUGCAAAAGGUGUGGAGAGAUCGAUCUAUCGUCUUUUUUUCCUGUGCAAAGCAAUGCUUUCCGUUGUGGAUGCGGUCAUACACACCGCUUUUCUGGACUUAUCGAAACAAAUACCCUAAGACGUGCACUGCGAGGCGAUUUUAACAGGACUCGUUUGUUGCCGACUUGGAAUUCUCUCCAUACAGACGCGAAACUAUCGUUCGCAUUGUCGUCCUCAUUCCCAUUCUCUGAAAGCUAAACAGCGAGGAUGUCGUGCCCGCACUCGUGCGGGUUGGUGCCGGAGGAGAACGGCUCUGCCGCUUGGCGGUUUCCGAAGCGCGCUGGAUUGGCGAUUCUGGCCAGCUUCGGAUUAGCCGCGGUUGUUUACAAAGGCGCGGAGGAUUUUUUCGCGGAUGUUUUCAGUCCAAGCGGUGGACUCGUGGAUGAACAGAAGAGCGGCAGCGUCGACUUCCGCGUUCCGGUCCAGAAGCGGACGAGAAAAACGGCAGCACUCACGCCGAGAAGAGGAAAGACGAGGCGUUUUUACGUGCGGGCGGAGGAUUUGCAGCGCAAGUCACCCGGCUCCUGGUCCUACUACCUACCUGAUGCCAGUUUGUCACGGCCGGAGCAGGAAAAUCAUCAAGAGGGUCCUGCUAGCAGGAAGUUUCCCGAACAGGAGCACCAGCAAGAAGUGAUCGCAGCCAGCAAAAAGACCAAGUUCAUCGCGGCAACGCCCACACUGAGGCCGAAGACCGGCCCGUCAUCCUUUCAAGAAAUUGAUAUCCCGCUGAUCAACCCGGGGAAGCAAGACGUCGAGUACUUCGGCCCGGUGAGCAUUGGGACGCCGAGCCAAAAUUUCACCGUGAUUUUCGACACGGGGAGUUCCAACCUUUGGAUUCCCGACAUAUCCUGCGAUCCAAGCAGGUGUGAUACGCCUGAAAUGAAACACUCAAAGUACGACAACACAACCUCUACCUCCUACGGCUUCCUCGGUGACCAGCUGGUCGAGCUGCAGUAUGGCACAGGGAGCUGCAAGGGGUACUACUCCAACGAGACGGUCACUUGGGGCGGCGUGAAGUUGACGACGCAAGGCUUCUUGCGCGUGAAGGAAACCGUCGAGCCCUUCCCGACCGCCCCGUUUGACGGAAUUUUGGGCAUGGGCUUCGAGAAACUCGCGUCGCCGGCGGACAAUAGACCGGUGUUGCAGACCUGGCUGGCGCAACACGGAGCAGAACUGGAGAAGCCGGUUUUCAGUUUCGAAAUGACCGACGCAAACGGAAACGAUCUGGAGGUCGGGGAAUUGCGGAUAGGAACGAUCCCGACAGAGAGGUAUGGCUGUUUUUUUUGUUGCCCUGGACUCCAAACAAUCGAGUUCGAGACGAGUUACUACUCGUGCAUGAUUUUGUUUCCGCAUUUCUGCAUGGUGGAAGUUUUGCAACAAAAAAAUUCAGGUUCGGCAACAUCGGGUACAAUGAGGUCGACGUUGUCCCUCUCACGACACCCAGCGGAGACCGAGGGUAUUUCUACUGGAUGUUGCCAAUGUGGACCAGUCGCAUCGGCAAGAAGGAGGGCGUCGCAAACAUGGCCAUGGUGGACAGUGGCACUUCGUGCCUGGUUAUGCCCACCCAGGACUUCAUUCACUUUGCGCGGCACUUUGACAAUCCACAAGAAAUUUGUGGUUCACCGCGCGCGCCGACCAUUGAACUGGCACUUGGGAGCUUCACGUAUGAGUCUACGACUUCUUUUGGGUCAUGAACAUGAACUAUUCAACAUCGUUUGUUUUGUUGCCGUGCUCGUAGUGCACGUACUCUUUUUCUGCCUAUCGCUGUACCCCGAACCUUUCAGAUACACCUUUUCCCGGGAGGACUACUGCCUGGCCGAUGGCACGCCUUGCCUGCAGCCGCAGGACGCACCGUUUUGGAUUCUUGGGGACGUCUUCCAUCGAAAGUACUACACCACCUACGAUUUCAAGAACCGGAAAGUGCUCCUUUCCAAGCGCGGCGCCAAGUUCAAGCCGAAUAUCGUCGCGGUGCUGAUUGCCAUUGCCUUCUACAUUGUGUUGAUCACCAUGCUAGUCACCUUCGUGUACUGGAUCGGGGCUUGGGUGCGGAAUCGGCUGCGCCGCCGCCAACCGCGAACAGUGAUGGUCCAGGGAACUGUAACCACAGCAGGCGGAACGCCAUUGAACCAAAUGUAGGACGGAAAAGAUGCGGGUGAACAUAAUACACAAUACAACAACGUUCCGGCUGUUGAGAAAGAAACCGUGAUGAAUUCACAAUAUCACAUGCCGCAUGAAGAUAGGAAAAAAGGUGAACUCAGCAAGCGUCUUACAGUUGAAG